CAUCAACUAUGAUUUCUCGAGUGUGUGCUUCGUUAAUGAUAGAACGCAACUGCCCAAACAGAGAUAUUUUUUAAUUAACGGUACGAUUUGGACGCGGCAAUUGAAUGGACGCGUGUCGCAGUUUGUUGCAAGCGCCACUGUCCGUGCUGUAGAUUUAACAUGGAGGCAGGUUAAAUAUAAGCUCCUAGGGAAUGGCACCGGCACGUGUGAGGGAUGGGCCAGCCUCGAAGAGCCUCCCAGAAAGAGUAGGGCAACUUCAUUAUGCAUAUGGACUUUUCUGCGCCAGCCACCCAGUGGCUUUCCUCUUGUUUGCCAGUUCUGUGGUGAUGGUCUGUUGCUAUCCUCUCCUAAACCUCCCAUUGCCCGGAAACGUACCUCAGCAUUAUGCCUCAUUUUCCUCAAAUGAGAGCCGAACUGACGGUGCUCCUGUUUGGUUCAGUGGUUCCCCUGUAUGCUAUGUGCAACAGGUGAUACUUAAGACUGCUGUCUCUCCGUGGAAUGAUAAUUUAGUUUUGACUGAUGCAUUUCGAGGACCCCUCUCUGAAGUUUUCAAAUUGUUAGAAAAUAUAAGAAAUUAUGAGCUAGAGAACAGAUCCCGCUCUCUGAGCCAUGUAUGUCUUCACGUGGAAGCAGUUAAGUCCCGAUACACAUCGGACCGCAAACACAUUCUUCCUGAAUACAGUUGCCUUGUCCUUUCUCCUGCUAAUUUAUGGCAUCAAGAUUUCCAAGAAUUUCAACAAGACGCAAGUCUACUCAGCACAAUUUUUAAUUAUGUUAGUCUUCAGAGAAGCAAAAUCAGUCUUGCAGAAAUAUCUUUUGGGCUCAGGAUGAAGGACACAGGAGUUAAGCGCUAUCCACUUCGUACAAGACAAAGAACUCUUCAGUAUGCUGUUACACUAAUGCUUGAAGAGAAUGAUGAAGCGUACAUUGAUGGGCUGAGAAAGCGCCUAUCCUCAUUGUACCCCUUGCAUCAAGACAGCAUUGUGGAAAGUGAAAAUGGUCCAGAGUUGCAUGUCUUCUACCCGGGGGACUUCCAUUGGAGGCAGCUUAUUCCAUUAGUUUCUUUGUAUUUGUCAUUCUUUCUGUACAUCUACUUUUCUUUGCGUAAAGUUGAAGCUGUGAAAGCCAAGUGUGGAAUGUCUCUGUUUGCUGUAUUGACCUUGAUCGCGUCUCUGGCCAUGUCAACUGGUCUCUGUUGCUUUUUUGGGCAUAUGCUAACUUUUAGUUGGCGUGAGUUGUACCCAUAUCUGGCAAUGGUCGUAGGUGUGGAGAAUGUAUUUGUCCUUUCCAAAGCAGUGUAUCACACUCCAAGAGAUUUAGAUGUCAAAAUCCGAAUAGCUCAGGGUUUGAGCAAAGAAGGUUGGAGUAUCACAUAUAACUUAAUGACUGAGGUUACUAUUUUGACUGUUGGCCUGUUUACAUUUGUGCCAGCAAUUCAACGCUUCUGUAUAUUUGCUGUUGUUGGUCUUCUGUCUGACUACUUCAUGCAAAUGACAUUCUAUGUAUCUACAUUGAGCAUAUUCAGCAAUCCAGUUGAUACUGGAAAGUACUGCCACAAUGCUAUGCAAACCUCUUCUCAAGGGAUGCCUGCUGGAUCAAUCUUAAGAUCAAAAUCACAUCCACGGUUAAAUGGACUUGUCUCUCAAUCAACAGAUCGGUUUCCAACCAUAGUAGUUGCACCUGUUCAUUAUGCAGGAAAGGUCCUAGAAAAGAUUCCAAGGCGAAUUCGUAUUGUGCACUUUUGGGCCCGCACUCGAAUUGUUCAACGCAGCCUCAUGGUCUUUAUGAUCUCAUGGAUUGUGUUCAUAGCUUACAGCUCUGAUGCCAUUGAGAACUUUUUCCUAAUGGAUACUGCUGAACGAGAGUGGGAAAAGGCUGCUGGUUCUUCAGGUUGGCAGUUUGAACAAACUUCACAACACUUCCUUGCUACCAGCGCUCCUGUCCUUGACCACCACAAUGUGUCAUAUGGUCAUGCAGAGGAGGAUAUAGCAAGACUUAGGCCAAAUCGAUAUGACCCAUGGGAUCGCCUGUCGCCUUACCAUUGGUCUACCAUUCUGUCUCUGUACAAUAUUUCCAUCAGUGGACGAUACCUGUCUGUCUUACCUGCUAUACGACUUUCACAUGUGAUUGCCCCUCAAAAUGCUCUUCAUUUGCGGAAUCCAAAUGAACGUGCUGCCCAACACUUUCAUUGGCAGACCUUGGCUGCUGCCCUGGAUCCCCUUGACUUUUCUGAUGGAGAUCAGAGAUCACAAGGCAGCUCUCUAGACACCACACGUGGCCGCAAAGUGACUGAACUACCAUUGCUGCCAUCCUCUCCUAUGGAGUUAUUCUUUUUGUCCUUACUUUGUGUGGUUAGUGUGGUUGUCUUAGCAUACUUCAUGGUUCUUCUUUAUCGGUGCGUUUGCACAAGAAAUUAUGCUGAGUGGAGAUCUGCUUGGGUUCCUGACCCAGAAAGCAUUGUAACUGAUUCAAGUACUGAGGUUGUGCUUGAAGCCAUUCCUCUUGUUUUGGAAGGACAUCCUCAGGAAGUGGAGUGCAUUGCUUCAGAUGGUAGCAUAGUCGCCAGUACGUGCUUAGCUGGACAACUUAUAGCUUGGGAUGCCAUUAGUGGAGAGACCUUAGCAACUGUAAACCGCAAAAGAUUCUUUGCAUUGAGAGCUUCCCAAAACAAGGAUCUAGAAGAAUCGUUUACUCCUAGCUUUGAAACAGGGUCCCCUUUCUUCCAUCCCAAGGAAUCUGAAAAUCCAACGCAUCAGUGCUAUAACAGAUUCAGAUCAGGAAAGGCAAAUGGUUUGACAGGAAGAAAAUCUGGAGACUUGUCUUUCCCAGAUCUUCGAUCAUCCAUCAACACAAAUUUUGCAUCACUUGCAAGCUCUCCUCACUCACCUUCCCCUGAUGACAGUAAAUCAGGAUAUGAUUUUGGCAGCAAAUACAGAGAACUAUUUCAGAUGCACAGACUCUCUUGUGAUCUUAGUGGUUCCUCUUUAGACAGUGAAGAUGUGUCUGGGGAUUGCAGUUGUGGAAGUGUCAAUUCAUCUUCUGCAACUCCAAACUCAUUCCUUUCACCCCGACUAAGUGUUGAUGAGUUUCCUAUUAGAAGAUCAUCUGUUGAAGACCCCAUUCCUGUGGCAGUGCCUCCCAUCUGGUGUAUUGAUUGCAGAGAAAACAUUGUUGUUUUGGGUUGUGCAGAUGGAAGGCUUGAAUUUUGGGAAGGUGCUUCAGGAAGAUUCAAGUGUCUCUAUGAAAACCCCAACUCAAGUGGAGUGACAGCUGUAAAAUUGGUUGGGAACAGAGUUGUUGCUGCUCGCUUGUCUGGUUUUCUGGACUUCUUAGUUUUGGAGAGCUACAGUAGAGGAAGGCCCAUUGACUGGGGCUUUACUGCAUAUCGCCGUACUCAUGUUCGGUCAGGCAGUACUGGUUCCCUAGAUUGGGACGCAAUGGUGUCGAGAGGCGAAGAAGAAGACAUUCGAUGUGUGCGAUUGCAUUCCACUCGAGCUCACCAGCAACCAAUAACAGUCCUACAGACUGAAGGAGGAAGAGUGCUCACUGGAAGUCAAGAUCACACACUGAAGGUUUUCCGACUUGAAGAUCACCUGCCACUCUAUACUCUACAUGGUCAUUGUGGACCUAUAACGUGCCUGUUUAUAGAUUGUAUUAGUCCAAUGACAGCAGGUUCUGGUAGCCAGGAUGGCCUUCUGUGUGUCUGGGAUCUGCUUACAGGUGCCUGUAUGUAUAGUAUUCAAGCCCAUGAUGGUGCUGUUUUGUCAUUGACAUAUUCAGCCAGUUAUGUGAUCAGUUUGGGCGCAGAUGAUCGCCUCUGUGUCUGGGAACGCUUCCAAGGUCAUCUGCUCAACACGAUCCAGAUGGUGGGUCAACCACUUAUUGGCAAAGUCAGUUCAAUUUUUAUAAAAACCCAGGCAUAUUGCUCAAGUAUUGCAAUGCUUACUCACAGCCUCCUUGUCACCAGUAAACAGGGAUCUCUGAUAGUGUGGGAUGUAAGAGCAGGUGACCCAGUGCGUGUCGUCCGGCUCGGUCACUCAGACUCGUGUGUGUUUGUGAAGCAGCUUCUACAGCUGCGUGAUAGUGUAGUGUGUGACUAUGCUAACCAACUUAGGAUAGUUCGUUUCCCAUUGGCCACAGACAAAACUGAAUGAGUGAACAAUUAGGUUUAUGUGUUCAGUUUAUUGUGAAAAGUCAACCAUCACAAAAGAGAAUAUUUCUCAUUCUCUGCUCUCUAUGAAGUUAGGCCUUGGGAAAGGACACAAGUCUUCGUGGAAGAAGCUACAAAAAUCUUCCAAAGAACCUUUGUUUUGUGUGUCCCUAUAUUUGAAGCUUUCCCAUUGCUUUUGUUUUUCUGCAUAGAGGCAAUGUCAAAAAAAUUAAUUCAUAUUGCCCAUAUCAUGGAACAUGAUUGUACAAUUUGUUUUAUAAUAUUUUGUCUAUCUGCUCUUCUUUCUGUACUUCUACCAUUAACUAUCUGAGCAGAUUGUAGUGUAUUUAGGUGUCUGUAAAACUGUACCACCUUGUACAGUCUCACAUUACAACAAAUGUAAUGUUGCAUCUAAAUUAGAGCUUUGUCUUGAUAUGACUGGAAUAGAAGACUUUAAUUCUUGUGAUUUUUGAUGUAAAUUAUUAAUUAACUUGCACAGUAGAAGUAUCUUGUUUUGUGUUGAUUUAUGUCCUUUUGCUAAAUAUUUUAUGAGCUGAGAACAGAUAAUCUAAUUCUAAGCUCCUUCAUUUUCUACAUUCUUCAGCUUCUAAUUUGUCUUUAUAAUUUAUUCUAAGCUUUUUCAAGCUGAUAAUGAGACUGAUUUUAAAUCGAUCCACAUCCUCCUGAACCAAUGCUGAUUUUCUAAAACAUGUUAGUGGUACAACUAUUAUGUAACUUUAUUUUGAUUUCAGAACAUUUACUAUUCUCAUUUUAUUUUUAUCAUGGCAAAUAGGAAUACGAAAAGAAUCUUGUGUCACACAUGCUUUUUUUUUAAAAAAAAUUGAAAGUUCUGGCCUAAUGUCAGGGUUAUAUAUUUUCUGUUCUGUGCCAUGUAGUGCCACAGUUCUUGACAAACUCCCCUGGUCCUUAAUGGUGUUUUACAAAUGUUGCCUUAAAUUUGUCCAAGUUAUUACUACCUUUGGAUAAUUUUUAGCAACACUUCUGUCUCAUUGUGAAUGUGUAGUAUACAGUUUGCGAUUGGUGAAACUAGGUUCUGUGUGAAGGCUGUUACAAAAUUGUUUGUUUAUGUGUACUCUAUGAACUGUAUUAUUUGUAUUGAAUGUAAGCUGACUUUUAUCUUGUGUAUGUAGUCAAUGUAAUUAGGUGCGCUUAUGAUUCAACUUAAUACAGUGAUGGCUCAUAUGGUGUUCUUGUUGUUACCAGAAGCAUGGUUUGGCUCCUGUAACAGUGAGUUCAGUGUUUGGUAGUGCCUUGUUACGUACAACCUGAGUGUCCCCUGUGUCAAUAGAAUUUUGCCAAAGCCCUUUCUCUCCCCUACCCUCAGUCAUUGGCCAUAUACUUUCUGUUUUCCAACUAUGUGAUAUAAUCUGCAUUGACACCCAAUGAAUUGUUGGUGAAAUAAUAAUUUUCAAAAUUUAGUAAGUAAAUCAUGUCACUAACAUUGUUUAAUUAUUUAUUUUUUAAGGUUAUUUUGUUUUGGUUAAAGUUUUGUGUUCAUAGUGUACAUUAAACAAGUAUGGUUCAGAAAGAUUUGCUUGGUCAGGAUUUGUUGCUUAUGGACGCAUCUGCUUUCAUGCUGUGCUCCUUUAAAUGGAAAAAGCUUUUGAGUUGUGACCUUCGUCAUUCAUUAUUCAUCAUACUCCAUCUUUUGUACAGUUUAUUGUCUUGGAAUGAAAAAUUCAUUGAAGCCAGAUCUUGCCAAUCAUACCCUUCUUCAGCUAGGGCAUAAGUGUAAAAUCAUGAUUCGCUUGUCCUAUUCAUUUUGACUACUCAUUUUGAGUUAGUCUAUCACAUGAAGGGUAAUUAUACUCUCUUUUAAAUUUUUGACCCUAAUCCUGACCCUUUUCAACUGUAACUAUGACUUGUGAACAACUUCUGGUAUGAAUUACCUUCCUUUUAUUUGUGUAUUUUAUGAAUUCAGAGAGGUCCCUGUCCAUUGGGCAUUACUUGGCCAGCUGAGAACUUAGACAAUCCUCUUUUGUGUAGGGUUUGUGUUUGCUAUUAUGUCACAAUUUUGUUUUAAUUGAAGUCCAUACAUAGUUUAAACAGACAUUCAAGCUUUAAUCCUAGUCAAGCUUUUAAAUUUAUGUUUGAUGAUUGUAGACCUGUCCCUUUUGUUUUAUUUCAUAGCUUGUGAGGAAGGUAAGCAGGCUUGUUCUGCUUGUCCCUAUCUGCUGUAUCCUCUUUGGCUAUGAGCAAAUGGUGCUGCAUCUCCCAAAAUAUUUGCAUUGAACACAGUUAAUCAAGUGGCCUAUUAUUAUGUUCAUGUUGUUUGACUGUGAUAAUUCAACUGUCAAGUUGUUCAUCAUUCUGGACUCUUUCCCCUUUCCCCUCCCUUAUUAUUAUAUCUAAGAAGAUUGUGACAUGUCUUAGUAGAAAACUUCAAACUUUGUACCUUUUUUUGUAGCUGCGUGUUUUGUAUAUGUGUAUGUGUUUGUGUGAGCUGUGUCUCUCGCAUAUGAAUUUAUUAAUCUUUAGGACUCAUUUACUAUAAAAAGGAAACCUACAUUGGCUGUUCUCCAAGUAGGUUGUUGCUGCUUGAUUGCACAUUGUUAUGUUUUGUUUCUCUUUGUUAUAUGUUGACCUUUGUGAUGGACCAAGACCCUGGCUUAUAGUGUGGACAGAAAUGCUCAUUUUUUUUUUCUUAGUCUGUUAAACUAUAUUUUCAUAUUGUUGCUUAGUUUCUACUUUAUAGUCAGGAACUCAUAUAUUGUCAUUCAUUACUGAUUGAAAAUAUUUUUAACUCAAAUUUAGUGUUUUAGUAACAUUUAUACUUCACGUGUCUUGCUUCAAAGAGUAUUUGAGGCAGAUUCAAAUUCAUUACCUGAUUUGUAAACAAAUGUUUAGUUUUAUUGUCUCUUCCUCAUUUUUCCUGAAUAAAUUUUGUUACUAUGCA